AUGGCAGAAAUGCUCCUGAAGGCACAGAAAUACAUGAAUGCUGAAGACGCUUUAGCGGCCAUAAAGGAUACCGAGAAGCCAGGCGACAAGGCAAGGAGGGAAGACGAUCGUAGGGGGCAGAAGAGAGAUCGACCAGAUCGUCGGAACAACGACGGGAAUAAGAGGAAAGAUGAUAAAAAUCCUCGGACGGUAAGAUUUACUCCUCUAGUCAUGCCUGUUGACAAGAUUUUCACGCAGAUCAAGGACGAGCAUUAUCUUAAAUGGCCCAGACCAUUGCACUCAUCCCCUAAUGUCCGCGACAAGAACAAGUACUGCCGGUUCCACAAGGAUCACGACCACAACACCGAAGAUUGCAGGGACCUGAAGGAGCAGAUAAAGGAGUUAAUACGGAAAGGAAAGUUACAGAAAUACGUGAAGAAAGGAGAAUAUAGCAAGUCCAGAAAUGACGACAAAACCCAGCACGAAUCGUUCUCCCGGGAUGACGAUCGUCCAUCCCAUCCUCCAAACAAAGUGAUCGAGGAGACCAACACGAUCACAGGAGGGCCGUUCUCAGGAGGGUCGUUUAAGUCACUCAAAAAGGCAUACCAGAGACAAGUUAACAGCGUCCACACCGUACCCCCGUCCAAGCACCAACGAACAUACGAAGACAUGUCUUUCAAUGAGGGAGAUGCCAUAGGAGUAAAGCAACCCCACAACGAUCCCUUGGUCAUAAUGUUAAAUAUAGAAGGGUUCAAUACCAAAAGGAUCCUCGUCGAUAAUGACAGCUCUGCGGACAUCAUCUACCUCCCAGCCUUCCAGCAGCUGAGACUAGAUCCAAAAAGACUGCGCCCUUUUGACUCUCCACUCGUCAGCUUCAGUGGAGACAGGGUCUACCCCCGGGGUAUAGUGACAUUAACGGUGACGGCGAGGACCUACCCAGUGCAGUUGACUCGGCAAGUAGAUUUCCUAGUGGUGGAUUGUCCCUCAUCCUACAAUGUCAUCGUUGGAAGACCCACUCUCAAUAAAUGGAAGGCCGCAACGUCAACUUAUUGUUUGAAGGUAAAGUUCCCAACAGAUAAUGGUGUCGGUGAAGUGAAAGGAGAUCAAGUCCUGGCAAGACAAUGCUACUAA